AUGACAUACCCACAGAGGGCAGUUUCUACCCCCCCAUAUAGGCAAACUGGCCCCCCCGGCUCGCUGAGGACAUCCAGUUAUACGAUCCAGAGCACCCUCCCGACACCGGUCUCAACUUACUUUCAGAGACACCCCCCCGUCUAUUCCGAUAAAACAGACAAACGCUACGCAUUCAUCUCGCCUGACGCAUGCAAACAUGACUAUGUGUCCAAAUCGAACCAAACUUUCCUGGCGUGGACGGACCAGCAACACAGACCUGGGACGUCCUCGAAGGUUUCCGCCAUGUGCUCCAAAUGCCGUUACCAUCUGCAGCUGGUAGUCAACCACAACAACGCUGGAAGCUCAUUCACACGAUCCCAGAAAGGAGAUCACAUCCAUCACUUGGUCUAUAAAUCCGGGAGACAGAGAGGUAGCACGUCGGUUGAGGAGGUGACCAGCACCGGGCAAGUGGCCGAGACAUACCACUUUCAAUGCUCCCACCUCUCGUGCUCAGCUAUGGUGUCACUCCGAAUACUAUCACCACUAUUAAACCCGAAAUUUGUUCAAAUGCUGACAAAUGUCGAUGUGAUUCGCCAACGAGCUGACGAGGCGAUCGCAGCGAACCCGGACCGCCUCGAGGGAAUGACUGGUCCUCUGCCAAUAACCGUGUUAGAUAAUCUUCGCAUCUAUCUCAAUAACUCCCUACAUAACAAAGAGCUUAACAAGGACAUAUCUGCUAUUAACAAGCGGUUCAUCCUCGCCUAUGGCCUUAAGGGUGCUCCCUGCAGGGAAGUGUUGGAGUUUUUGGGCUUCACCUACCUCGAAAAUGGCGCAUGGCAGCCUCCGAAGCCGGAGCAAGAACCGAUGAAGCCUUACCAAAACGACCUCUCCAUCUUCCUUGACGACGCUAUACUUGAACUGCAAGCCCUGAUACAUAAUCGACCUAACUCGGAGAAACGAGCUGUGCAAAUCCAACUCCCCCCGUCAUCCUCAAACGAUAUCCUCCAUGCUUUAGAGGCAGCAGACUGUUUACCCGAAAUCUCUCCAAGCAAGCACUUUCGACAUGCCACCUGCCCCGUUCGUCGUCCCCACACAAUCAUAAGUGUGAGCAUAACUGACAAGCUUUUUCUCCAAAGGUUUUACGAGGAUCUUGGGGCCGUCGAAGAUAUGGAUGCUUCGUUGAUCGUGGAAGCCUACAACCGUCAAAUCUCUGUAGAUCCGGCCCGAUCAUCACUGUAUUUGGAAUCGCUCAAGGCUAUUGGCACUUUACGGCGUGGCCAGGACUGGGAGAUCAUCGACCAUGCAGCGCAGGUGGCCUAUGCGGAAGGCAAAUACACAAACGACGACGUAAUCGAAGCAUAUAAAUAUUUUGGGCUCUGGCAUGAUGAUCCAAACAUCACGGAAGACACCAUCAUAGGGAAGUUUUACGCCUUUCUGAGCUCGACUGCUCAUGAAACCGAAGCACGACAGCAGCUGUGGCGGAUCGGGAAUAGCAGAGGCAGCGAACGCAUCAAAGCUGCUUCAGAGGAUCGCGUUUCCACUGUCGAGCAAGCCCAAGUCUUCCUUGGAGUUGAUGAUAAAACCCCUGAUGAUUUUAUUAUCACAAUGUAUACGGCAAAGAUCGGUGACAGCCCGUCAUGUAAGGAUACGGCCGACCGGGCUGUCAAGCUUAUUGCGGAAUCUCGCAAAUCAAUCGGGUUGAACCAUUUUCUUAAUACAGGCGAAACCGUUUCAGGUGAAAUGGACAUUGGAGAUGCGUACCGCUUACUCCAAAUCCCAGACAGAACUGCAGAUGAAGAGGCGGUCAUGGCGGCCUAUACAAUCUGCAUCGAUGACAGUCCCGACCAAGCCGAACUUUACAACCGUGCAUUGAGUGUAAUCGCUAAAGAGAUGGAUAGCCAAUUGCUCAAAGGCAUGGCUGGUAUCUCCUCUGAUGUCAAUCAGAACCUGGCAGAAUGGCCCGUUGGCUUGCAGAAUAUCGGCAACACCUGCUACCUCAACAGCCUCCUUCAGUUUUAUUUCUCUGUUCGCCCCUUCCGAGACAUGGUCCUUGACAUCGAAAAAUACCAAAUGGAUUUGAACGACGUCGCAGGAUUGGCAAAGAAGAAGGUUGGCUCGCGUAAGGUGACCGGAAAAGAAGUCCAACGAUCGCUCACAUUCCUCGGGGAGCUUCGAACAUUAUUCCAGAAUAUGACCACCUCGUCACAGUCUUGCGUGGCUCCUACUCGCGAACUUGCUAGGCUGACUCUGAUCAGCCCUGGCAACGAGGAAGCAAUUCGUCGAAGGUCAACAAUAUCCAAACCCCAAACACUGGGGGAAAUUGCCGGGGCACCUAUUCUGGGGCCACUUGGGCCUCCUCAGCCCAUCGUCGAGAUGAAGAACGAGCAGCUCGUGAGCUUAGGUUCUGACCAGCAGGGGCCUACAACAGGUGGGAGUGAUGCGGACAGUGAAGCAACGUUGGUAUCCGAGAACAACGACCCUGCACCACCUUCGCAUUCUGCUGUCGAAGAAAAUGAGCAAACCCAAUCCGAAAAGGUACUUUCUGAAGCCGAGGGUUAUGUGAAGAUUGAGGCCGGUGACCCUGCUUCGUCCACGCCCGAACAUCCCAGCCGACCACCACCCGUUCCCCCAAGGCCUGUCGUCGAAGUCGAUCGUCAGAGACAGUUGCUCGAAGAGGUAGAAAUCGGUGCGCAGCAGGAUGUUACGGAAGUGAUCAACAAUGUUCUCUUCCAAAGUCAGUGCGCUAUCAAACCGCGAAGCGUGGCCAGUGACGGUGAGCAGGUGGACCAAAUCAAAGACUUGUUCUACGGUGAAAGUCGAUCCUACAUUUCUACUCAAGCUGGUACCCGAUCUAAAGAGGAAAGAUGGUGCGAUAUCAAGGUCGAUGUGGCGCAUGGUUCGCGAGAUAUCUACUCCGCCCUCGACGGCGCUUUUGAUGCUCAAAACAUCAGCGUUGAGAACUCCGUGGCUGAACAAUUUGGCUCGAUCACCCGACUUCCUCCCAUUCUGCAAAUUCAAGUCCAGCGCGUCCAGUUCGACCCGGUCAAGAAGAGCUCUUUCAAAUCGACAAAUCAUCUCGGGCUUAUAGAGACUAUCUACAUGGAUCGAUACAUGGAUACCCAGAAGCCAGAGAUUGUAAACAAACGCCGCCAAGGCUGGGAACUCAAGAAAGCUCUCAAAAGGUGUGAGGAACGCAAGCUAGAGCUCAUGAGGAAACAGGAAAACGAUGGCCAAGAUCUGGCGCAGCUGCUUCGGGGCACUAGAGAUGUACUUCGAGAGCUGCCGUGGGAGGAAGAAGGAAAUUUUGACACCAACGAGUCACUUAGCAAUGAGAUUGACCAGCUCGCUCAAGCCGCAGAGGCCGAGCUUCAAGUCCUCAACACCGAGAUUGAGACCAUACAGACACAGAUCUCGAAUCAAUUUGCCGAAUAUAAGAACCUUCCUUACCGGUUAUACGCAGUUUUUGUGCACCGUGGGUCUGUUUCUUUCGGUCACUACUGGAUCUAUAUCUACGAUUUCAACCGUGACAUUUGGCGCAAGUAUAACGACGAGUAUGUGACCGAGGUCCAGAACCUGGAUGAGAUAUUCAAGAAUAACGAUCCCGCCAACCCGCCCACCCCGUACUUCCUUGUCUAUAUCAACGACAGAAUGAGAGAUCGUUUAGUCGAUCCGGUUUGCCGUGACCUCGCUGAGCCGAUGCCCGAUGUGCAGAGUAGCGACGCCAACCUCGCAGGCGCUGUUCAACCCACAAAGGCCUCUCCCCAAGAAGACGUGCCUAUGGACCAGUCGACCGAUUAG